AAAAAGUUCAUAUUAUUGUGAAAUGGAAGAAGUGAAAGUGGUGAUUGUGGGUGCUGGCCCUUCUGGCUUGGCUACCUCUGCUUGCUUAAAUUACCUUUCCAUUCCAAACAUUGUCUUGGAGAAAGAAGAUUGUUAUGCUUCUCUUUGGAAGAAGAGAGCUUAUGAUCGCUUAUGCCUUCACUUAGCCAAAGAUUUUUGCUCUCUUCCCUUGAUGUCUCACUCUGCUUCCACUCCGACGUUCAUGCCACGAGCCACCUUUCUCGAGUACGUCGACAAUUACGUCGCCAAGUUCAACAUAAAGCCUCGGUUUCACAGGAACGUGGAGAAAGCAUGGUUGAAGGAGGAAGGGGAGAAUAUGUGGAGGGUGGAAGUGAGGAAUAUCGAGACGGGGGAGAUGGAGGUUUAUGCGUCGGAGUUUUUGGUCGUUGCAAGCGGAGAGAAUAGCGUCGCGAACAUGCCGGAGAUGAACGGGUUAAAAACGUUCCGCGGAGGGAUCGUUCAUUCUAGUCUAUAUAAGAAUGGACGAGAUUAUGAAGGGAAAGAUGUUUUGGUGGUUGGGUGUGGGAAUUCCGGCAUGGAAAUUUCUUUUGAUCUCUCAAACUAUGGAGCUCGCCCUUCAAUCGUUAUUAGAAGUCCAAUGCACGUGGUGAAGAGGCAAAUGGUGUAUUUGGGAAUGGUUUUGAGGAAGUGUUUGCCACUCGAUGUCGUAGAUACGCUUCUUGUAGGCUUGGCUAUGGUUAAGUUUGGCGACUUGUCGGCUCAUGGCAUAGUUCGGCCAAAGUUGGGUCCGAUGCAAUUCAAAGCCCUCACUGGAAAAACGCCCGUUAUUGAUGUCGGGACCAUUUCCAAGAUUCGAUCCGGGGAAAUUAAGGUUUUUCCACAAAUAUCAAACAUCAAGGGGGACACCGUUGAGUUUGAAAAUGGAGCGAGGAAGAACUUUGAUGCCAUUGUGUUUGCCACUGGCUAUAAAAGUUGUGCUAACAAGUGGCUGAAGGAUUAUGAAGUUGUGCUAAACGAACGUGGAAUGCCAAGAAGCCAAGCUCCAAAUCAUUGGAAGGGAGACAAGAAUGCUUACUGUGUUGGGCUGUCAAUGCAAGGGCUGGCUGGCGUUUGUGCUGAUGCAAAGGCUGUUGCUCAAGAUAUUAGCAACAUUAUCUUAACCAAACUUAAAUGAUCUUUUCUUUACACAUUUUGUGCUCUAAAUCUUCAUUUCUAUGUGUACUCAGAACUGCUUUAUGACCCUUCUCUUUUAUUUAUCCAUUUCUAGCUUUUAGUUUGUUCAA